AUGGUCCCCAGUCCAGAACAUCCGGUGAUGAUCCACGCAGCGAGGGUCCCUAGCCCGGGGUCUACGGCGAGGAUCCGCAGUCCAGAGCCUCCGGCAACAACCCACGGGUCAGUGUUACAAGAGCGGACUCACUGUCACGUCUACAUUCCCCUGUUUUCAGUUUGUCCCUCCCCUCUCAAACCACCCUCCCCACUCAAACCACCCUCCCCUCUCAAACCACCCUCCCCUCUCAAACCACCCUCCCCUCUCAAACCACCCUCCCCUCUCAAACCACCCUCUCCUCUCAAACCACCCUCCCCACUCAAACCACCCUCCCCUCUCAAACCACCCUCCCCUCUCAAACCACCCUCCCCUCUCAAACCACCCUCCCCUCUCAAACCACCCUCCCCUCUCAAACCACCCUCCCCUCUCAAACCACCCUCCCCUCUCAAACCACCCUCCCCACUCAAACCACCCUCCCCUCUCAAACCACCCUCCCCUCUCAAACCACCCUCCCCACUCAAACCACCCUCCCCUCUCAAACCACCCUCCCCUCUCAAACCACCCUCCCCACUCAAACCACCCUCCCCUCUCAAACCACCCUCCCCUCUCAAACCACCCUCCCCUCUCAAACCACCCUCCCCUCUCAAACCACCCUCCCCUCUCAAACCACCCUCCCCUCUCAAACCACCCUCCCCUCUCAAACCACCCUCCCCUCUCAAACCACCCUCCCCACUCAAACCACCCUCCCCUCUCAAACCACCCUCCCCUCUCAAACCACCCUCCCCUCUCAAACCACCCUCCCCUCUCAAACCACCCUCCCCUCUCAAACCACCCUCCCCUCUCAAACCACCCUCCCCACUCAAACCACCCUCCCCUCUCAAACCACCCUCCCCACUCAAACCACCCUCCCCUCUCAAACCACCCUCCCCUCUCAAACCACCCUCCCCUCUCAAACCACCCUCCCCUCUCAAACCACCCUCCCCUCUCAAACCACCCUCCCCUCUCAAACCACCCUCCCCUCUCAAACCACCCUCCCCACUCAAACCACCCUCCCCUCUCAAACCACCCUCCCCUCUCAAACCACCCUCCCCUCUCAAACCACCCUCCCCUCUCAAACCACCCUCCCCUCUCAAACCACCCUCCCCUCUCAAACCACCCUCCCCACUCAAACCACCCUCCCCUCUCAAACCACCCUCCCCUCUCAAACCACCCUCCCCUCUCAAACCACCCUCCCCUCUCAAACCACCCUCCCCACUCAAACCACCCUCCCCUCUCAAACCACCCUCCCCUCUCAAACCACCCUCCCCUCUCAAACCACCCUCCCCUCUCAAACCACCCUCCCCUCUCAAACCACCCUCCCCUCUCAAACCACCCUCCCCUCUCAAACCACCCUCCCCUCUCAAACCACCCUCCCCACUCAAACCACCCUCCCCUCUCAAACCACCCUCCCCUCUCAAACCACCCUCCCCACUCAAACCACCCUCCCCUCUCAAACCACCCUCCCCUCUCAAACCACCCUCCCCACUCAAACCACCCUCCCCUCUCAAACCACUCCCAGAGAGUCCUAGUAAAAUUCUUGAGAAAUAA